CCGAGUCUCCGCGCGCAUAGUUAUACAGAAGGAGGGCAGAGAGCCGAGGCACGUCCCCCUUCUCUGCGCGGCGAGCGCGACGCGGAGCGCGCUCCUUCGAAAACUCGCCGGACUACAAAACUGACCAGUCCGCUCUCGAAACUCUUGCGCCGUGUGCCGCGCGCUCGUUCCUGCUCUGCCUACCUGCAGCCUCGCAUCUCGCGCGCGACCGCGCGUACGCGCGCGCCUGUGCGACGAUGAGCCACUGACCGGCGACCAAGCGCGCGCGAUAGGAGGUCAGCGAGCGGAGCGCACGACCGCUGCCAGAUUCGCGCGGGCUUUGCUUUGUUGCCGGGACGACGACGAUGCAUUACGGGCGCGCGCGCGCGCUCUCUGGAUACAGCGGGGGAGGGAGAGACACGGCUAGUCCGAAUCGAGCUGCUCUCCAACGAGACGCCGAUCGAAGAUCGAGGGUGAAAACGUUCGUUCGAGAUGGAGUCGGAGGUGCGAACUCUGCGCCAAGAGGUGAGUCGCACGCAGGACUCGCUGAGGUCGGCGACGCGCCGUUGCCGCGAGCUUGUGCGCGAGCUCGACGGCCUGAGCGCGCAGCACGAGCGCGAGCGGCUUCUGCGCGACCAGCAGCUGUCGCGGAUACUGCGGGCGCUGCUGGUGCUGGAGGCCCGGCUCAAGCAGGAGCAGAAGUCCAUCAGGCAGCUGCUCUGCGAGAAGGACAACGUCAUAAGGAACCAGCAGCUGGAGAUCGCCAGGCUCAGGCGCUACACCAAGAGCAUCAUCAAAGGCAAGCGCGAGCAGCAGCAGCAGCAACAGCAGCAGCAGCAGCAGCAAGUUUGCGAGGCGGACAAGGAAAGCGCGGACCUGCCGUCGCUCGAGUCGUCCGACUAUCAGGAUCACGAUAGCGGACUGAGUAAGGACAUGCAGAAACUCAAGUGUGAGAUAAUUACGAAACUGAACGAGAGCUUGGAGGACGCGCCGGGCAGCAACAUCCGAAAGACGCACAGUUUCGCCGGCAGCGAUAUCUCAAAGGUGAGCCUGACGUCGAGCGAAAACACCGACGCGUCCAUCAUCACCACCACCACGGACGGCAGUCCGUCUCUGCUGAGCACCGAGGGCUUCUGCGAGGGCGAGUCGACCGACGUCUCGCCGGGAUCCACGCUCAACAAAUCCAGCAGCAGGUGCACGCCGACCAUCGUGACGACCGACAGCGAGACCGAGGUGACGAUGGUGAUACUCGACGAGAAGACCAUCGCCAGGUCCGAGAGCAAAGACGACGGCAUGGAUUGCAACUACGCGUCGGACGAGGAGGAAGAGGAGGAGGAGGAGGAUGACGAAGACGACGACGACGACGACGACGACGACGAAGAAGAAGACGAGGACGACGAGGAGGACGAGGAGGAAGGCAAUUACGAGAACAACACGAGAAAGCUACAGACGAGCGAAGACCGCAGCAACAACAACAACAACAACAACAGUGGCAGUAGCGAAAACAACGGUGUGGAGGUGAGAAUGACGAGGAUCGAUCCGGAGGAGCAGAACCAGGACGAGUCGUCGGGAAAUUGGUACAGCGACCCGGACGAGGAUCGGAUCAACGACGAGAUGAUGCGGCACAGCGUGUAUCGGCCCAACAGCAAUCACAACUCCGUGCUCGAGUGCGUCAAUCAGAUUCUGCUGCGAGACAUGGAAGACGAGGAGAACGUACUGUCAGUGCCGAGGCGAUUCAAGCACCGCGGCAAGAUCGUCAGGUUUCAGCCUGCAAGGCUCUCGGACAUCGAGUCCGUGGGCUCGGAGAUGGAGAGGCGCAAUUCCGACGAGCCGACGCCGCUGCCCAUCGGCGCCAGCCUCGACGCGCACGGCCGAGAGGACGCCAACGACGACGAGUCGGAGACGCCCAUCGACGGAUUCGAGGCUACCAAUUCCGAGGACGAGUUCGGCAUGAGGAUAGUACCCGCAGUAUUAGAUCCGGAAUCGGGAUUGGAGGAGGACGCCGAGGAGACCAAGGCCAGGCCCAUCGUCAUUAUAGAGCCUCUCAACAACUCCAAUAUUUCGCGAUCGAGCACGAGGAACAAAGGCCAAUGCAAGGCGAGUGCGCGCAUCGAGGAGCAGACGUCCGCGACGGCGAAGGCCACCGAGAUAAUCGCUGCGGCAGCAGUGCCGAAAGUACCACCGGCUCUGCCCCCAAAGCCCCAGUUUCGCAGCAGCACGCUCGUGCUCAAGAAAAUACCCAGUCCGUCGUUCCUCAUCGACGAGACCUCGCAGAAGAAGCAGGCCCAGACCGAGGCGCUCGCUCUCGGCAGCAAAAACCCACUGACGCCUCCGUCGAUGCGCAGCUUGAAGUUCGACGACAUACCGCGGAAGAGGAACGACGAAAGCACGAGCUACUGGAAAAAUCGCUUCAACAACGUGCGCUCGUCGUUUCAGCUUCGCCAGCAGGGCGACCUGGCUCGACUGUCGCCGGAGCCGCGCAAGGUGACCAACAUCGUCAGGCACUUCGAGGAGUUCAAGAUCGAGGGCAGUCGCGACGAGGCGCCGACGAAGAAGCCGCCGGCGCCUCCCGCGGACUUCGAUGCCCACGAGUACGACAUCCAGCAGAACUUCGAGGAGUUUAACCUCGACGAGUGCGAUCUGUCCGACGACCCGGAUCGACCCGAAGCCGACGGCUCCGAGACUUUCGCUAAUUCCGUGCUGACCGGCCUCGUUUCUCCGAACGACAACUGCUCGACGAGCAAGAGCUUGGUGAACAACAACAGCGUCGGCAGCAAUGGCAAUUACGACAGCUUCCUCGAGGCCACGGGUCUCAGCAACAAGUCCAUCCUCACGCCUUCGCGGCUGCUCAGCAAUCACAAGAGCAUGCUCAAACCCAAGGACGUCAAGUACAAGAGCAAAAUCAAAGCGACGGCGGUGUUGGAGAGGCACGGAGUUAGCAGCAGCGCUAGCACGACGCACACGCGUCAUUGGACCGGGCCGUUCGUUUGACGACUGGCCAGACGUGUCCUGCCUGAUCGUGCGUUUCGGUGGGCAACCGCCGCUACGACCUCGCAGUAUCAGCCCGAGGAACGCUCAUCGUCGCCGCCGCAACCAUUAUUACGACUGAACGAACACCAGUGAUAAACAUUUUUCUUUUUCUCUUUUUUUCUUUAUUUAUUGUUGACCAAGUUAACCAAGUGAGAAGCCAAGUGUAAAGAAAACUAGUGCUACUAAUUUUUCUUAGACUGCUAAAAAUCACGAAACAGUGUAAAUAGAUGUGAAACGUAGGAAAAAUUAACAUUGUUAGAAUAUAUACGUAACUUGUUGAAAUAUGCUGAAUUUUAACGUGCUAUUAUGUCAAAUUUGUGUUUAUGUACAUCAACAUUUGUGUAGGCGUAUCUAUCACUUUGUUUGUGGAACGGUUAUUUGCACGAUAAAAUCUAUAUGAAAUCUGAUUUCACAUAACAAUGUUAUCUAUAUGUAAAUAAAAACGAGUAGUAUAUAAGUGUAAUUUUUAACGUAAAUGCAAUGUAUUUCUGUAAUGUGUGUUGAAACUUAUCGUUUCUAUACUGUAUGUAAAUCAAGUCAUCAAUUUAUUUCGAUUAAAGAAUAU